AUGGAAGCCAGAGAAAAACUAAAGGAGAUUUUGAAAAAGGGCAACGUCAAACAUCUGGAUAAACUGCUCAAAGACCUACCACCGAGGAGUAUCUUGAGUCGCGUCAAUGAAGAAUUGGACAGUGACGGAACGACUCCGCUGAUACACUGUGUCAAGUGUGCUGGAGUUAGUUUCGCCGAUUCUGGUACCGGUUUCAUUGAUUGCUGUAUAUACCUCAUAAAGCACGGAGCCAAGGUGGGAACCAAGGAUACCCAUGGCAAGACGCCGCUCUUCUAUGCAGCCAGUAACAAGAACGAUCGGCUGGGGCAGACGCUGCUGGCUGCAGGAGCAGAUCCCUUCGUUAAAAAUCAAAACGGUGUGUCUAUUUUGGGAAUCGCAAUCCAGACCGGUGCCAUAGGAACUGCAAAGAAAAUUAUUGAAGAGUUUGACACGGUUUUGAAUGAAGUAGAUGGGACUGGCUGUCCACCUCUCAUUCUGUCCCUGCAGCUCGGGAAUGACGAUCUCUGUCGCUUCCUGCUCGAUAAAGGCGCUGAUGUCAACAUUCAGGAGGAGAGGUCUCACCGAACGGCUCUGCAUUAUGCACUGUAUAUGAAAAAACAUGAAAUCUUUGAAAAGAUUCUUAGUCGGAACCCAAACUUUGAGCUGACUGAUUACAAAAAUACGACCAUCAUUCACCGUGCGAGUACAAUACAUGAUGUACAGUACCUGAAGUCGAUCUUUGACAGCAAGAUGCCCCCGAGUAGCAUACUUCUCAACCUGUCUGACUGCGAUGGUGCUAAUGCCGUGAUGUUGGCCUGUCAGAACGGAAACUUCGAGCACUUGAAGCUGCUGGCUGAACAUGGGGUAAAUAUGAAGAGUUUCAUCGCAAGACGCGAUAAACGCCAUAUUACAAUACAAUGUGCGAACACCACUCAGACACUGUUCACACGCAGACAAACACAAGUUCAAAUUCAGUUUUCAGCAAAAUGCGAUAUGAUUGUUUGA